AUGCAGCUGAGAACAUCCUUCGGCGUGGAGUACAUGCGACGGGUGCUCACGAUGGUGAGGGAGAGCUGGCUUGAUUUGGAAGAGCAUGAGCUGGUGCUGGAGAUUGCGGCACAGGGCGCGUAUGACCAUCUAGGUGUGAGGAACAUAACAGUCGGGCGUGAGGAAUUUUCUCUCUACGUUCUAUGCCUCAUAUCGGGAUGUUUAGUAUUGCCUCGAUGGAUCGCUGUCGGCCUUAUCCCCUCCAUGCAGAUUUUCGUUCCAUCCAUAUUUUCCAAGUAUAUCUCUCGGAGUUUGCACGCCCUUCGGGUUCGAUUCGACAUCAAUUUCCUCGUGGUGCUGUUCGGAUUCAAGCCUCGUUUCCCCCUUCCCUGCUCUGAGGCCGGCAGACGUGCUGCCUGCGCUCAAGACGCGGCGUGUCAUCACACAGUCCUCGCCGCACGACUGGACGACGUCCAGGUGGGAGGGGACGGCGUCGUGCACGCGAGGACGAGGGCGGAGUCGAUAGAGCGCAUCGGUAGCAGAUGCAGGCCGCUUUAUUUAUUGUGCGAUCGUGCGCGCAGCUGUGUUUGUGUAUGGUGA